ACCGUGCCCCUGCCGCUUAUGUGCGCGUGCUCUGUGCGUCCGCGCGAGUGUGUUAGUUGUGUCUGAGUGACAGUGCACGCGCGCGAUGUCGGACAAAGCCGAGAAAGCCGAGCGGAUCCUGCAGGACCCCGACCCGCUGUGGACCCCCACCUGCAAGCGGAUUACACACAUGGACACAUUCCGGGCCCACUGCAACCGGCAGCACGGGCUCAGCGCAGCCAACUAUAAUGAGCUGUACCAGUGGUCAGUGGAAAACUACCCUGAGUUUUGGGCGGAGGUCUGGAAGUACUGUGGGAUCACCUGCUCCAAGAUGUACGAUGAGGUGGUGGACGUGUCUAAGAACAUUUCGGACGUUCCCGAGUGGUUUAAGGGCAGCAGACUGAACUACGCGGAGAACCUGCUGAAACACAAAGACCAGGACAAAGUCGCUCUCUACGCUGCAGCGGAGGGGAGGGAGGAGAUCGUUAAGGUGACGUUCGCGGAGCUGAGGCGGGACGUCGCUCUGUUCGCCGCGGCGAUGAGGAAGAUGGGCAUUAAGACGGGAGACCGAGUCGUAGGUUAUCUCCCUAAUGGUGUCCAUGCGGUGCAGGCGAUGUUGGCUGCUGCCAGUAUUGGAGCGAUCUGGAGCUCCACCUCUCCGGACUUCGGCGUGAAUGGCGUGUUGGACAGGUUCUCUCAGAUCCAGCCAAAGCUGAUUUUUUCGGUAGCGGCGGUGGUUUAUAACGGGAAGCUGCACGAUCACAUGGACAAACUGCAGAGGGUCGUGAAAGGUCUGCCUGAUUUGAGGAAGGUUGUUGUCAUUCCUUACGCUCGUUCCAAGCAAGACACAGACCUCUCAACCAUCCCCAACAGUGUGUUUCUGGAGGAUUUCUUGGCGCUGGGGAAAGAAGGCGAUCAGUUCCCUCAGCUGGAGUUUGAGCAGCUUCCGUUCCGUCACCCGCUCUUCAUCAUGUACUCGUCUGGCACCACCGGCGCCCCCAAGUGCAUGGUGCACUCCGCAGGGGGCUCUCUCAUCCAACACCUUAAAGAACACAUUCUCCACGGCAACAUGACAAGCAAUGAUGUCAUCAUCUACUACACCACGACUGGGUGGAUGAUGUGGAACUGGCUGAUUACCUCGUUGGCUGUCGGAGCUUCAGUGGUUCUGUAUGAUGGUUCUCCUCUGGUUCCAACUCCUAACGUGCUGUGGGACCUGGUGGAUCGGCUUGGGAUCACCAUCUUCGGUACGGGAGCCAAGUGGCUGGCUGUUCUGGAGGAGAGGGACCUGAAACCAGCGAAGACCAACAGUCUGCAGAGCCUCCACACCAUCCUCUCCACCGGAUCUCCUCUAAAACCCCAGAGCUACGACUACGUUUACAACUGCAUCAAGAAGGACGUCCUCCUCGGCUCCAUCUCAGGUGGGACAGACAUCAUCUCCUGUUUCAUGGGUCAGAACUUCACUGUGCCUGUUUAUCGGGGAGAGAUUCAGUCUAGAAACCUGGGCAUGCCUGUAGAGGCCUGGAACAUUGACGGUAAGCCGGUGUGGGGCGAGAGCGGAGAGUUGGUGUGUCUGAAGCCGAUUCCCUGCCAGCCCACGCACUUCUGGAACGACGAAAACGGCAACAAAUACCAUAAAGCUUACUUCUCCACCUUUCCAGGUGUGUGGGCUCAUGGAGAUUACUGCAAGAUCAACCCCAAGACGGGCGGCAUCGUGAUGCUGGGGAGGAGUGACGGGACGCUGAAUCCUAACGGCGUUCGGUUCGGAAGUUCAGAGAUUUACAACAUCGUGGAGGCGUUUGAGGAGGUGUCGGACAGCCUGUGUGUUCCUCAGUAUAACUCCGAUGGGGAGGAGCGCGUGAUCCUGUUUUUGAAGAUGGCUCCAGGGCAGGAAUUCAGCUCCGAGCUGGUGGGAAAAAUCCGCACCUCCAUCAGAGCGGCUCUCUCGGCACGGCACAUCCCAGCACUGAUACUGCAGACUAAAGACAUACCGUACACCAUCAGCGGGAAGAAGGUGGAGGUGGCAGUGAAGCAGGUGAUCGCUGGUAAAGAAGUGGCUCAGCGCGGCGCGUUCUCCAACCCGGACUCCCUGGAGCUCUACAAGAACAUCCCAGAGCUCCAGGGCUUCUGA